AUGCGAAGUGCAUUUGAAGAAGUCGGACGACCGAAAUUUGACCAAAGUUUUCAAAUAGCUCAAUCCACAUUCAAAUUGUGAGUUCUUUUUAGUGUUCAUUCCAAGAUUAGUUGCAUGCAAAAGCGUGCCAUCCAUCUGUCCAAUGUCUGCGCUCUCUUCUUCUCUCACUCUUACUCACACUAUUUCCAAAAAACGUCGAUAUCCUUCCUUCUACGUCCUUUUCCCUCUUCUUUUCGCCUCGCACUACAAUUGAAGAAGUGGCCGGACUCAUUUUGAUUUUUUCUGUUUUGAAGUGUGAAGAUGUAUAGAUUUCAAUCUAUUUCAACAUUCAAUUUUCGAUUUUUUUUCCUAGGAAAAAUGUUUUAGCUCAAGUCGUGUUUCUUUUUCCCUAUUGAAAAACAAACAAACAACUUUCAGGCUUCCAAGUUUUCCAGCACAAACAAAUAAUUUGAAAUUCUCAUCGACACCAAUAGAGCGCAUUUUCUCGAUUUACCUGUUUUUGCUUAUCUACUUCUCACAAAAAUCUAAUUAUUUUUUAGAUUCGAAGAGAUGGCGCUGCGCAAAGUGCGUAGCAAUAUCGAUCGAAUUUUCGACAAAAGUUUGACCGAUUUGAUACGUGGAAUUCGGAAUAAUAAGGAUAACGAAAGUCGAUAUAUUGCACAAUGUAUGGAGGAAAUAAAAAUGGAAUUGAGGCAGGAUUCGAUUUAUGUGAAAGCGAAUGCUAUCGAAAAAUUGGCAUAUGUAAGUUUUUUGGGUGAUUUUGCGCUGAAAAAAUCAGAGUUUUUCUGAUCUGGGAAACAAUAUCUCGAUUUUCCAGCUUCAAAUGCUGGGAUAUGACAUUUCUUGGGCAUCAUUUAAUGUGAUCGAAGUUAUGGCAUCUACAAAAUACACUGAAAAACGAAUUGGUUAUCUAGCAGCUGCUCAAAGUUUUCAUGACGAGACUGAAGUUUUGAUGUUGACCACGAAUUUGAUUAGGAAAGAUGUGAAUAGUUCGAAUAUGUAUGAAAGUGGGAUUGCACUUGGUGGAUUGUCUUGUUUUAUUACUCCUGAUUUGGCAAGAGAUCUUGCGGCUGAUAUUGUCAAUUUGGUGAGUACUCGAGUUUGAUUUCGAAAAUACUUGAAUUACAUUUUUAUUCGGCCUGUUCAGAAAUCCAAUAAUACAAAACCCCAUUCAAAUUUAUUUCAAAAAUCAAAAAAUGUCCGUAUUAAAACUCUUAGUUAAAUCCCUCAAGGGAAUGUCAAAGAUCUUCCAUAAAAUAUCUUCAUUCAGCUCGCCUCAUCUCGUUGUUAUACCCGAAAACGUGCAGUUCUUCUAUUAUACAAAGUGUUCCUCAAAUAUCCCGACGCACUUCGACCAACAUUUCCACGACUCAAAGAAAAAUUAGAAGAUCCAGAUCCGGGAGUUCAAAGCGCGGCUGUGAAUGUGAUUUGUGAAUUGGCUCGAAAAAAUCCGAAAAAUUAUUUGACUCUUGCUCCCGUAUUUUUCAAAUUAAUGACAACGAGUAGCAAUAAUUGGAUGCUUAUUAAAAUUAUUAAAUUGGUGAGUAUUCAUUUUCAUUAGAAACUUGAGUAUUAUAAUUAUGAAUUGUUUAGUUUGGAGCACUUGUUCCUUUGGAGCCAAGACUUGGUAAAAAGUUACUGGAACCUUUGACAAAUUUGAUAAAUAGCACAUCUGCAAUGUCGCUCUUAUAUGAAUGUAUAAAUACUGUAAUUGCGGUGUUGAUAAGUAUAUCAGCCGGAGGAGAUCAUACUGCAAGUAUUCAACUUUGUGUUCAAAAACUUGGAGUUCUUAUCGAAGAUUCAGACCAAAAUUUGAAAUAUCUUGGACUUCUUGCAAUGGGAAAAAUUCUAAAAACCCAUCCAAAAGCAGUUCAAGCACAUAAAGAUAUUGUUUUGAGAUGUUUGGAUGAUAAAGAUGAAAGUAUUCGAAUUCGAUCACUUGAUUUAUUAUAUGGAAUGGUUUCGAAGAAAAAUAUUGUUGAAAUUGUGAAGAAAUUAAUGGAACAUGUUGAAGCAGCUGAAGGAUCACAUUAUCGAGAUGAAUUAUUAUCAAGAAUUAUUGGAAUAUGUAGUUAUAAUAAUUAUCAAUAUAUUACCAAUUUUGAAUGGUAUAUUUCGGUAUUAGUUGAAUUAACAAAAGUUGAAGGAACUAAACAUGGCGCUAAAAUUGCUGAACAAAUUCAAGAUGUAACUGUUCGUGUUGAGUCGAUUCGACAUUUUUCGGUUUCUCAAAUGGCAUUACUUGUUGAAAAUGCUCAUGUUUUAUUGGCUGGAAGUGCUCAACAAAGAAGUAAUUUGUGUGAAGUUUUGUUGGCUGCUGCGUGGAUUUGUGGAGAAUAUAGCCAGUGAGUUGAGAUUUUAUAAUUUGUAGAAUUAUUAGUACUCGGAGAAUUAGACCAAAAACCAAAAUCUAAAUUAAAUCACAGACUUUGGAAUGUUUUGAAAUCUUUAAUUCAAUUCAUAUCGAAUUCACAAUUUUCAUUUUUUCAGACAUGUUCGAAAUGUUCAAAGUGUUUUGGAAUCAAUGCUUCGUGCAAAAACAUCAGUAAUGCCUGGUCAUAUUUUAUCAGUUUAUGUACAAAAUAUAGGAAAACUUUAUUCAUCACUUUUAAGUCAAGCAGAAAAAGAAGACGAUUGGGAUGCAAUUGAAUCACUUGAUAAUUUGAUGCUCUCCAAAUUGCCACAAUUUGAGUUAUCCGAACAUUUGGAGGCUCAAGAAAGAGCUUGUACAUUAAUGACGAUUAUUCGAAUUGUUGAAGGAUUGCAUCAGAAAAAAGAGAAAAUGGCUCAUGAAUUUGCUCUGCUUUAUGAUGGAGAAUUGAAUCCAGUUGCUAUGAAAGCUCAAAGAAAAGUGCCGAUUCCGGAAGGACUUGAUUUAGAUGUUUGGAUUGGGGAAGAAUGGGUUAGCAGUGCGGAAGAAUCUGAGAAUGAAAGUGAUAUUGAAGCGACUUUUGGGCAACCGAUACAUCAACCAAGAUAUGAAUUAGGAGAAGAAGCGAAUGAAGAAACAAAUAAUACAAAUCAUAAGAAAACGAAAAAGAAGGAACAACAAAUGACACCUGAAGAAAUGGAAAGAAAAAGAAAACAAAGAGAAGCUGAAAUUGAAAAUAAUCCAUAUUAUGUUAAAGGAAAUGCGACUGUUCCAAAAAGACCCACAAAAUUCACAACAAAUGUUGAGAGACAAGAAAUCAUCGAGAAAUCGAAUGAUAUUCAAAGUCCUUUGGAAAUUCCGGGAGUUGUUGGAUUGCAUCGAUAUAUGGAACAACAGGAUUCGACAUUGAGUUGGAAAAAAGCAAAAGAAAGUAAGAAGAAAACGAAAAAAGGUGGGAAGAAAGGAAAAAAGAAGCAGAGAGGAGAAUCGACGAGUAGUGAAGAAGAGAAUAAUGUGGUGCAUAUGGUGAAUCGAAAUGAUGGCGAAAUGCCUGAAGGAGCACGAUCUACUGAUGAUGAAGAUGAAUUUACUGUAGGGUUUAUUGCUGGGGAAAGGGGGGGCUGGGAUUUUGAGCGAAAAUUUCGAAUAUUUGAAAAAGUGUUUGGCUUCAGGAAUAAUUUCAAAAAAAGUUGAUAGAUCUGAAUUUUUAGAUUAUUCUUUUAUUAAAAAAUUGCUUCACACAAAAAUUAUUAGGGGGAAGACGAAUUUUUUUUCAAAACUUGUAACUAAAAGAUUUUCUAAAAAUUAUAGAUUUCUGAAUUUUUUUAUUUGAACACAAUCUACACAAUCUGAAAUUGCCAAAUAGUCAUCUGCCUUUUUUCCAGAAACAAACAACUGACGAAUUCCGCGCUCUAGAUAUCGAUCUUGAUGCUCCUCUUCGACCUGACGAAGUUGUCAAAGCACCUCAAGCUUAUACUCGAACAUAUCCUUCUCACAACAAACAUGUUCCAUUAGUUCCUCGACCACCAACAACUUUCGAACCACGUCAAAGUAUUCCGGAAGUAUCAACUCCACCAAAAAUUCCGAAGAAAACUAAAAAAGUGAAAAAGACAACGAAAAAGAAUCAAUUGAUAACAUCAAACGAAGCAUCGGAUUCAAAAUCGAAUUUAUUCAAUAUGGAUGAUUGGUUAGAUUCGACAACAACGAAAAGUAAAAUGACAAUUGAAAAAGCGAGGGACACUUUGGUUGCUGAAAAGAAGAGUAAGAAAAAAACAAGUAAAAAGACGAGAGAGGCAUAUGAGGAGACUUCUGGAGUUUGUACACCAUCAAUUCCACAAGCACAAACACCAUCUGGGUCUAAUUUGAACAAUGGGCAAGAAAAUAAUUAUAUAAGUUUGGCUGCAAAUAAGAUUGUUGCAUUGGUAUGUUCCUUUGAAAAGGGAUUUUUGAAUAGCAAGAAAGAUUUAUUUAAUUUUUUUAUAUUUCAGGAUUAUUUGACGAAACCAUCAUUGGAUGCAAUGGAUCAUGGAAGAGUUCGAAUAUUUAUAAAAGUUCGAAAUUUGGGAAAAUCAAAAUUGCAAAAAAUCGAGCUCAGUGUUGUUGACACGUUGAAUGCAAAAGUUAUCCGAAAUGAGGAUACAAUUCUCCUCUCCGACGAACUCGAUCUAAAUGAAAAUUGUGAAAGUUCUUUCGAAAUUCAAGCGCAAUCAAUUGAUGUUGCACGAAUUAUGCGAGGAACAAUGACAUAUUUUGUGGUUGAAGAUGAAGGAACAUCAGAAGAUAAACUAGAUAUUCGAUUAUCUCUUCCAACUACAACUUUUAUUGUCAAAUCGAAAAUCAAAAAAGAUGAAUAUUCGGUUCUUUUAGCAUCAGAUGAUGUUGAUUAUUCUGCUUCGAGUCAAGUCAAAUCUGUAACUGGAGAAGUUAAUUUGAAGGCUAUUUUGAGAGGAUUAGAACAACGGGCGAAUUUUUCGAUUGUUGAAGAAACUGCAAAAGCUGCUUCACUUUUUGCGAGAACAAUAUCUGGACAAGCCAUUUGUUUAUUGGUCAAGAAAACGGUACGUUUCAAAAUCUUAUGGACUAUUGGCUCUGAAUUGGCUCGCCUAAUAAUAAGAACAAAUUUUUUAACAAACUCAAAAAAUGAGAAAAAUCAGAAAAAAAACGAGAUCCGAUAUCUGAUCUAUUUUAUCCGACCUAGCCUGAUUCAAUUCAAAACCUUCAUUUUUACCCUAUAAAAUUCAUCUUCCCAUUUUUCAGUCUGAUGGUCUUCAAAUUGAUGGAAAAGCUGGCGAAGAUCAACUAAUUCAAUCAAUUGUCCAGGAUUUGUCUGAAAUUUGUGCUAGAAUAUAA